AUGGGGGAGAUAGUUGAGAUUGAAAGUCUGUUUAAUUAUGCUAUGAAGGGCCAGUGGAGAGAAGUGUUGGAGGUGUACAAGAACAAUCCUCGAGCUUUGGAAGCUAAAGUCACAAAAGCAGAGGACACUGUCUUACACAUAGCAGUGUAUGUAGGCCAAGCAAAUUUUUUGACGACCCUUCUUGAGAACAUUAACGAAUAUGUUUCUCUUGCUAUCCUGAACACACCAAACUCAAUGGGAAACACUCCUUUGCAUCUAGCAGCAGAGCUUGGGAAUGUGGAAAUUUGCAACACCAUAGCCAAAAGAGACCCCAAACUCAUUUUGUGUCAAAAUUUUGAAGGUGAGACCCCUCUUUAUUUGGCAGCAAUUCAUGGUUCCAAAGAUGCAUUUUUCUGUCUGCAUGGUCACCUACAAAACAAACAUGAUUGCUCGCCAUGUAUUAAGACCAACGGGGACACAAUUCUUCACUCUACCAUCUCCAAUGAAUGCUUUGGUUUGGCACUUCAGAUAAUUCGAUUGUACCCAAAUCUUGCUGAUGCUCUCAACCAGGAUGGCUCUUCUCCUCUUCAUAUUCUUGCUAUGAAGCCUAAUUGUUUCCAAAGCAGCACAAGGAUGGAGUUUUUGGAUCGUAUCAUCUAUAAUUGUUUGCUUGUUGAAGAGCUGAAGGAAGAGAUAGAGGAAGACCAAACAAUAGCCACAAAGGAUAGUAAAGCUGGAACUGACGCUGAUGAAGAGAGUCUCCCAAGAUCAUGCCGCACCAAUUUUGAGCGUGCACAUAAAGAAAAGAAACUACACCGAUUUCCUCCGAAUUGGGAAGUGUUCAUUCGAUUUCUAAUAAUUAUGAUGAAGGCCUUGCUAAUACUUUUUGGUGUGGGAGCAUCUUGGAUAGACAAAAUCCAACGAAAGAAGGAGAAACACAUGUGGGCAAAGAAAGUGAUGGAUGAAUUGAUUAUGCGAGCUUCUUUGUACAAGUAUGACUACAGUGGAAAUAGUUCCUUUGAUCUUCAGCAUGACCAUGAUAUUGAAAAAAGGGUUGAGAAAAAGAAAAGGGUGUCACCAAUUUUAAUUGCUGCAAAGACGGGAGUGAAUGAAAUGGUGGAGAAGAUUCUAGAUACCUUCCCGGUGGCUAUCCACGAUGUGGAUUCCGACAACAAGAAUGUUGUUCUUUUAGCUAUAGAGAACAGGCAACCUCGUGUCUACAAGCUGCUCACAAAGAGGAAUUUGGUGAAGGAAAGUGCAUUUCGUCACAUAGACAGUCAAGGUAACAGUGCAUUGCACCUUGCUGCCGCGUAUAGGAAUCAUAAGCCCUGGCUUGUCCCUGGUGCUGCCAUGCAAAUGCAGUGGGAAUAUAAGUGGUACAAGCUUGUUAAGAAUUCCGUGCCACCGAAUUUCUAUGCACGAUACAAUAACAAGGGACAAACAGCUAAACAGGUUUUCAUCAACAGUCACGAACUUCUUGUGAAAGAGGGAAGGAAAUGGCUGUCCAAGACCUCAGACUCGUGCACACUAGUUGCAGCACUUGUUGCAACAGUUGCAUUCACAACCUCAACAGCAAUACCAGGGGGUGCCAGUGAGGAAACUGGUGUGCCAGUAUUGAAUGGUCAACUUGCUUUCAAAGUAUUUGCUCUAGCAUCACUUGUGGCACUAUGCUCCUCAGUUACAGCCCUGGUUUUGUUUCUUUCAAUACUCACAUCUAGGUUCCAAGAAAAGGAUGUUGCUAUGCACUUGCCUAAAAAGCUUCUCCUGGGAAUGACUUCACUCUGGACAUCUAUAGCAUCAAUAUUGAUUUCCUUUUGCGCGGGACACUACUUUAUAAUUGAAGAUGGAAUGAAAUCUUCAGUCUAUCUCAUAUAUGGUGUGACAUGUUUGCCAGUAUCAUUUUUUGUGUUGGUUCAACUCCCUCUUUACUUGGAUCUCAUGUUGGCUAUAUUUCGGAAGGUUCCUCAACGCGUUUAUAAGGUCAUUUCCCAUUAG